GAAGCAACUUCUCGAUUUCGACCCAUUGCUUCAGUCAUGAUUUUAUCAUUUUAUCUUGAUUCAAUUGAACGGCACUUUGAGUUUUAUGGCGGAAUUCGUAUGUAGCUUCUACUGACGACUUUCAUAUAAGAUACUCUCCCCCCAGCUUUUAAACUUCCCUUCCAUCACCAAUUAUCACUCAAACUCAUCUUGAUUUAAAAUACCAUAAAAUUUACAUCGUCAUUUACCCAAACCCCCCAACUAAACCCAACAAACAGCCAUGUCCAAAAACAUCCUCCUCACCGGCGCAAACGGAUUCAUAGGCUCCCACAUCCUCUCCCUCCUCCUAACAUCCCACCACCACAUCCUAGCAAUCGUCCGCUCCCCCUCCAAAGCCGCCAAACUAACCCUCGAUUUCACCUCGCAUCCCCAAUUCAGCAUUCUAGAGCUAGGAAUCGUGCCCGACAUCACCGUCCCAGGAGCCUUCGCAUCCAUCAUCGAAAGCGCACAAGCGAGCAGGCCCCUCGACAUCGUCAUCCACACUGCGUCCCCUUUCCUAUACCGUGUGGUGAAGAACAACAUCGAGUUCCUGGAUCCGGCGAUUAAAGGGACGUUGGAGAUUUUGCGGGCGGUGAAGGGGGGUGUGGGGAGUGUGAAAAGGGUGGUGGUUACGAGUAGUUGUGCGGCUAUCAUCGAUUUUGAUGAGGAUGUGGUGAGGGUGCCGAGGAAGGUGUACACGGAGGAGGAUUGGAAUCCGAGGACGUGGGAGGAGGCGUUGAGUGGGAGUUCUAAUGCGGGGUAUCAGGCGAGUAAGAAGUUUGCUGAGAAGGCUGGUAUGUAUUUCUUUCCCAAUGCCCCUUCCCUACAUUCCUUGGUUUCUCAGUGGGAAUUUGCAGGAGAAGUGAUGUUGAUGUUUUUCUAGCGUGGGAUUUCCUCGAAACCGAAAAGCCGGCUUUCGACCUUGUGACUCUGGCGCCUCCGAUGGUCUACGGCCCGUUGAGACAUUCGGUUGAGAGUAUAAAAGACCUCAACCAAUCGAACGGAAGAAUUUACAACCUCUUCAUAAACUCCACCCAAGAAGCACCCGAGCCGCCAAACGGCCUCCAUCUCUACGUCGACGUCAGGGUAUACCUCCUUCCAUAUCCCUUCCCCCUCCCCAACCUUCCUGAAGAACUAACACACAACAGGACCUAGCAAACGCCCACCUCCUCGCAGCACUCACCCCUCAGCCUCCAAUUCUCGCCUCCUAACCUGCGCGGGUUCCGUAUCAAGUCAGGAGAUUUCCGAUCUCCUCCGUUCCAACAUCCCAGAAUUGGAAAUGAGGACACCGAGGGGGAAUCCGGGGAUGAGGGGACUGGAUGAGAAUGCUUAUGUGGCUAGUAGUGGGAAAGCGGAGAGGUUGCUGGGGAUGAGGUAUAGAGGGAAGGAGGAGAAUUUUGUGGAGUUGGCGAGGCAGUUGUUGGGGAUUGAGAGGGAGGAGGUGUUGUGAGGUUGGAGGCUGUUGGGUGGUGGAUGAAGGGUAAAGAGAUUUCAGGGGAAUUUGGAGGACGAUGAAUGUGGGAAUGUUUUUUGGAGCGAGAGUGAGGUUCUUGUGGUUCUAGGGCAGAGUGUUGAUCUGCUACGUGGAAUUAGUAUGAGCUUUGCGGUUACUUUAGCGAGUGCUUAUAUGUCCAAAGAUGAUCUUACAAUAUUUACUUUUGAUUCCUCCCCCCAAAAUUCACGAAAUUUGAGGGCAGAUAGAAACUGUCAGUACAUUCAAGUCCUGGGGUGCAGGUGGAAAGGAGGGAAAGUCACGUGCAACUGUCUUAGACAGUCCAUAACACCACCAUAUAUUAUUAGCUAGCACCACCCACACUCUUU